GCCAAAUUUGCGCUUCUCUUGUUUGAGUGAAAUGUCCAGCGAAGAACCGCAAUGGAGAAAAGUCCAUACAAUAACAGGAGUAAUACCGCCUUCGAGACACGGCCACAGGGCCGUGGCCAUUCGGGAGCUGAUUGUAGUGUUCGGAGGUGGAAACGAAGGGAUAGCGGAGGACCUGCAUGUUUAUAACACUGUCUCCAAGCAGUGGUUUCUGCCCGCUGUGAGGGGAGACAUCCCACCAGGCUGUGCUGCCCAUGGUUUAGUUUGUGAGGGCACUCGCAUACUGGUCUUUGGUGGCAUGAUAGAGUAUGGCAAAUACUCCAACAACCUCUAUGAACUUCAGGCUAACAGGUGGCUUUGGAAGAAGCUGAAGCCCAGAGCGCCCAAAAAUGGCUUGCCUCCAUGCCCUCGUAUCGGACACAGCUUCACACUUAGUGGUAGCAGGUGCUAUGUGUUUGGGGGGCUCUCCAAUGUUAGCGAGGACCCCAAUGGAAAUGUCCCACGGUACAUGGAUGACCUGUAUGAGCUGGAGCUGCAUUCGGCAUCAGGCGCAAGAGGCUGGAGCAUCCCAGAGACAAAAGGGGGCGGUCCUUCAGCGCGGGAGUCCCACACUGCUGUCGCGUACGCUGGUCUUGGCUCGCCCAAGCUUUUCAUCUUUGGAGGAAUGCAAGGGCGCCGCUUGGAUGACCUCUGGCAGCUUGAUCUCAACACCAUGAUGUGGUCAAGGCCUCACACCAGGGGUUCCACGCCACUACCCAGAAGUCUUCACUCUGCCAGCGUCAUCGGAAACAAAAUGUUUCUUUUUGGUGGCUGGGUUCCUGUUCCAGAGUCAGAGAAGCAAAAGGCUGCAGGAAUGAAAUGGAUUUGCACCAACGCCUUAAGUCUUCUUAACUUGGACACCAUGAGCUGGCAGAACCUGGGCCCACAAUACGACGACGUUGGCUCCCAGUUGCAGAACCAUAGGGCCCAGAGUGAGGACCAGAAUGCGAGGAAACCCAAAGCCAGGGCCGGCCACUGCGCCGCUGUCGUGGGAUCCAGGCUUUACGUUUGGAGCGGCCGGGAUAGUUACCAUAAGAGCUUGGGCUACCAAGUCUGCUGCAAGGACCUGUGGUACCUGGAAACAGAUAGACCAUCGUCCUCGGAUGCGGUGAUGCUCAUCAAGUCCACUGUCAGCAUGCUCCAUGUGGCGUGGCGCCCCGUGUCUGCAGCAGACUGCUACCUCCUCCAGAUUCAGCCUGUCAACCCGCCAGCCAAACAGCUGGAUUGGUCGGCAGCAGAUGGAGAGAGAAAAAGUCAAGAUUUCCAGAGUGUAAGUGAAUGCAACACUGAAGAACAAGAGAACACGUCAGUGCAGCAGCACGGCAACCUGGCAAAGUCCUCCAUUAGCCAGGUGGAGCCCCAGGCAGAGAAACAUGAGGCUGAGAAGACGACACACCAGAGCCCGGAGGAAGCGCUGUGGUUUGAUGUAGGUGUGUUUAAAAGCCUCUUUUCAGAGGUCCACUGCUAUUAUCUGCCUGCUGAGAACCACCAGGUGACCCCAAGCAGUCGGCCUUCUGUUACAAAAGAGAGGAGGCUUCAGGACUACCAAGAGCGAGAGAAGGAGGAGCUGACUGCAGGUCAGACUUACAGGUUUCGAGUGGCGGGCCUCAACUACUUGGGCCAAGGUGACUUCAGUCAGGUCAGUGAGUUCAAGACGUGCCAACAUGGCUUCCCUGGAGCGCCCUCUGCUGUCAAGAUCAACAAGGCCAACGACGUGGUCUGCAUCACAUGGGAAGCGCCUCCCUCUCCGUCAGGCCGCAUCCUGGAGUAUUCAAUGUACAUGGCGGUGAAGAAGAGCCGCUCGUCCAGCUCUGAAAGUCCCGGCCAACUGACCUUCAUCCGGAUCUACCGCGGUACCAAGAUGUCCUGCACGCUCAGCUCCAACCAGCUGGAGAACGCACAUCUGGACUGCUCCGCCUCCAGCCGCCCGGCUCUCGUCUUCCGCAUCGCCGCCAAGAACGAGCAGGGCUACGGCCCGGCCACCCAGAUCCGCUGGAUUCAAGAUCUCUUUAAAGCGCGGGCUGGAUCAAAGGCAGAUGUCUGUGGUGCUGAUGGUCGCCUUGCUGCUGACAGCUGCAGCUGAAAGUGUUACUGUACUUACAGGAGACAUGGACAUCAAGCAAUGCACAUAUUUAUUUUUCUAUUUAAAUCAUCCUUGUAUAUAUUUUCAUUUCAAUAUUUUUGUAAUGAUGCACCACAUAACUCAAAUAGUUUCAAUCAUGACAUGUUUUGUAUGCUAUUUUUAUGUUCGCAUGGAGCAAUUUUAAUCCUGCCAAUGUUUGAUAUCACCUUCAGUGUCCUUUGCAGCGAUAUAGUGUACUACGUUAUUACAAUCAUGCCUUUUUCCAUUACAAUACUUUGGUGUUCACAUUGUCAUUUAUCAUCGUAGGACCAUACAUCUUUAAUUAUUACAUUAACAAUGAAUGUGAGAAAAUCACAGCAAGUGCUCAUGAAAGAUGUCAUUCAUGGCCUUUGAAGGGAGCUGGAUCUUGUGGAGUUGUUCUUUUCAAAGAGCCCUUGCUCGUUAGUACACUUCCUUUUUUUGCAAGGUAAUCACUGUAGCUGUUAUAUGAUAAUGUGGGAAUGAGAAACUAAUCUUUUACACAAAUAGAAUUAUUCUGAAAUAUUGGCAAUAAUUGGGUGCCAUGUCAACAUGUUGGACAAUGAUGUCACUCAUUUGAAUUGUCCAUAACUUUGUAGCAUUUUAAUAAUAGAUACAAAUAAGAUGUACAAAUAAAAUGUAUAUACCUGGAUCAUGUUUUGUUUAGUCAUGUUCUGUUUAGUUUUGGACUCCCUUAGUUCCUGUUUUGUGCACCCCUGGGUUUGUUUUGGUUACCAUGGGUGCUGAUUGGGUUCACCUGCCUCUGAUUAGUGUUCAGCACACUCACCUGCUGCCGGGCACUAAUCAGAGAGCUACUUAUUCACGUU